GCCCCCGUGCAGCCGCAGCGCAGGAGGCGGCGGAGCCCGUCCGCCUCCCCCCGUCCCGCGCAGGCCGCGGCUCCCCGCCGAGCGCCGUCCCCAGCAGCGGGCGAAGCGGAGCCGGCGAGGCCGGCAGGACGCCGCCCUCUCCUCCUUCUCUCCUUCUCCUCCUCCCGCAGGCCGCCGGCGUCAACAUGGCGAGCGCCUCGUACCACAUCUCCAACCUGCUGGAGAAGAUGACGUCCAGCGACAAGGACUUCAGGUUUAUGGCUACUAAUGACUUGAUGACAGAACUACAGAAAGAUUCUAUCAAGCUGGAUGACGACAGUGAAAGAAAGGUGGUGAAGAUGAUUUUGAAAUUACUGGAAGAUAAAAAUGGUGAGGUGCAAAACUUAGCUGUCAAAUGCCUUGGUCCUUUGGUGAGCAAAGUGAAGGAGUAUCAAGUGGAGACCAUUGUAGAUACACUCUGUACAAACAUGCUUUCAGAUAAAGAACAGUUACGUGACAUUUCAAGCAUUGGCCUUAAAACUGUGAUUGGAGAACUCCCCCCAGCUUCCAGUGGUUCUGCAUUAGCAGCUAACGUUUGCAAAAAGAUCACAGGGCGUCUCACUAGUGCUAUAGCCAAGCAGGAAGAUGUGUCUGUUCAAUUGGAGGCACUAGAUAUCAUGGCUGAUAUGCUGAGCAGGCAAGGAGGACUGCUUGUUAACUUCCAUCCUUCAAUUCUGACCUGUCUGCUCCCCCAGCUGACUAGCCCCAGACUUGCUGUGAGGAAAAGAACCAUCAUUGCUCUUGGUCACCUGGUUAUGAGUUGUGGCAAUAUGGUUUUUGUUGACCUCAUUGAACAUCUGUUGACAGAGCUGUCUAAAAAUGAUUCCAUGUCAACAACUAGGACCUAUAUACAGUGUAUUGCUGCUAUCAGUAGGCAAGCAGGUCAUAGAAUAGGUGAAUAUCUUGAGAAAAUAAUUCCUUUGGUUGUGAAGUUUUGUAAUGUAGACGAUGAUGAACUACGGGAGUAUUGCAUUCAAGCAUUUGAAUCCUUUGUUAGGAGAUGUCCUAAAGAAGUUUAUCCUCAUGUAUCUACUAUUAUAAAUAUUUGUCUUAAAUAUCUUACCUAUGAUCCAAAUUACAAUUAUGAUGAUGAAGAUGAAGAUGAAAAUGCUAUGGAUGCUGAUGGUGGUGAUGAUGAUGAUCAAGGGAGCGAUGAUGAAUAUAGUGAUGAUGAUGACAUGAGCUGGAAAGUAAGGCGUGCAGCUGCUAAAUGUCUGGAUGCUGUUGUUAGCACACGACACGAAAUGCUUCCAGAAUUCUACAAAACUGUAUCUCCUGCUUUAAUAGCCAGAUUCAAAGAACGUGAAGAAAAUGUUAAAGCAGAUGUUUUUCACGCUUAUCUUUCUCUUUUAAAACAAACUCGACCUGUGCAAAGUUGGCUUUGUGAUCCUGAUGCAAUGGAACAAGGAGAGACACCUUUGACAAUGCUUCAGAGUCAGGUUCCCAACAUAGUUAAAGCCUUGCACAAACAAAUGAAGGAGAAAAGUGUGAAGACUCGUCAGUGUUGCUUUAAUAUGCUGACCGAGCUAGUAAAUGUAUUACCUGGAGCCCUAACACAACAUGUUCCUGUUCUUGUACCAGGAAUAAUUUUUUCACUGAAUGACAAAUCAAGUUCUUCUAAUCUGAAGAUAGAUGCUUUGUCCUGUUUGUAUGUGAUCCUCUGCAAUCAUUCUCCCCAAGUCUUUCAUCCUCAUGUUCAAGCACUGGUGCCUCCAGUUGUAGCUUGUGUUGGAGAUCCAUUUUACAAGAUUACAUCAGAGGCACUUUUGGUUACUCAACAACUAGUGAAAGUCAUUCGUCCUUUAGACCAGCCUUCUUCCUUUGAUGCUACUCCUUACAUCAAAGAUCUCUUUACUUGUACAAUCAAGAGAUUAAAGGCUGCUGACAUUGAUCAGGAGGUGAAAGAAAGGGCAAUAUCUUGCAUGGGUCAAAUCAUUUGUAGCCUUGGUGACAGCUUGGGCACAGACCUGCCUAGUACACUUCAGAUCUUCCUAGAGAGACUGAAGAAUGAAAUCACUCGGUUAACUACAGUGAAGGCCAUGACACUGAUUGCUGGUUCUCCUUUGAAGAUAGAUUUGAGACCAAUCCUGGGGGAAGGAGUUCCUAUUCUUGCUUCUUUUUUGAGAAAGAACCAACGGGCUUUGAAACUGGGCACUCUUUCUGCAUUAGAUAUUUUAAUUAAGAAUUACAGUGACAGCUUGACAGCUGCCAUGAUUGAUGCUGUUCUGGAUGAGCUUCCACCUCUUAUUAGUGAAAGUGAUAUGCACGUAUCACAGAUGGCCAUCAGUUUUCUAACAACACUUGCUAAAGUAUAUCCUUCCUCCUUGUCAAAGAUUAGUGGGUCCAUUCUCAAUGAACUUAUUGGGCUGGUGAGAUCGCCUCUACUUCAGGGCGGAGCACUUAGUGCCAUGCUAGAAUUUUUCCAAGCUUUGGUUGUGACUGGUACAAAUAAUCUAGGCUAUAUGGAUUUACUGCGCAUGUUGACGGGUCCAGUGUACUCCCAGAGCACAGCACUUACUCACAAGCAGUCUUAUUAUUCCAUUGCCAAAUGUGUGGCUGCCCUUACUCGAGCGUGCCCUAAGGAGGGACCAGCUGUGGUAGGUCAGUUCAUUCAAGAUGUCAAGAACUCAAGGUCCACGGAUUCCAUUCGGCUUUUGGCUUUGCUUUCACUUGGGGAAGUUGGGCAUCACAUUGACUUAAGUGGACAAAUUGAGCUGAAGUCUGUAAUAUUAGAAGCAUUCUCUUCUCCUAGUGAAGAAGUCAAAUCAGCAGCAUCUUACGCAUUAGGCAGUAUUAGUGUUGGCAAUCUUCCUGAGUAUCUGCCUUUUGUCUUACAAGAAAUAACCAGCCAGCCUAAGAGGCAAUACCUUCUUCUUCAUUCCUUGAAAGAAAUAAUUAGCUCUGCAUCAGUGAUUGGUCUCAAACCAUAUGUUGAGAACAUCUGGGCCUUACUCUUGAAACACUGCGAAUGUGCAGAAGAGGGUACAAGGAAUGUUGUUGCUGAAUGCUUGGGCAAGCUUACUUUAAUAGACCCAGAGACUCUGCUUCCACGACUCAAGGGAUACUUGGCAUCAGGAUCCUCAUAUGCUCGAAGUUCUGUGGUGACUGCUGUUAAGUUCACUAUUUCUGAUCAUCCACAACCCAUAGACCCACUCUUGAAGAACUGCAUAGGUGACUUUUUGAAAACAUUGGAAGACCCGGAUCUCAAUGUCAGGAGAGUAGCCCUAGUGACAUUUAACUCCGCUGCUCACAAUAAACCAUCAUUAAUAAGGGACCUCUUAGAUACUGUGCUUCCUCAUCUUUACAAUGAAACAAAAGUCAGAAAGGAAUUAAUCAGAGAGGUGGAAAUGGGACCAUUUAAGCACACAGUUGAUGAUGGGUUGGACAUUAGGAAAGCUGCUUUUGAGUGCAUGUAUACUCUUUUGGAUAGCUGUUUGGAUAGACUAGAUAUAUUUGAAUUCCUAAACCACGUUGAAGAUGGCUUGAAGGAUCACUAUGACAUUAAGAUGCUAACCUUUUUAAUGUUGGUGAGACUGUCUACCCUUUGUCCAAGUGCAGUGCUGCAGAGAUUGGAUAGGCUUGUUGAACCUUUGCGCGCUACAUGUACAACUAAGGUAAAGGCAAAUUCAGUGAAACAGGAGUUUGAAAAGCAAGAUGAACUGAAACGAUCUGCGAUGAGGGCAGUAGCAGCACUUCUAACCAUUCCAGAAGCAGAGAAGAGUCCAUUAAUGAGUGAAUUCCAGUCACAGAUAAGCUCUAACACUGAGCUGGCAACCAUCUUUGAAAGUAUCCAAAAAGAUUCAUCAUCCACUAACUUGGAAUCUAUGGACACUAGUUAAAUGUUUGCCCAAAAUGGGGACCAUUAUGUUGAACCAUAAGAUGCACUGAAUUGACAGGUUAUGAGUAAGAAACAGAAAAAAAUAUCUAAUCUACACAUUGUUCCACUUUAUCUACCUUUAUGGAGACAGUUGGCUUUUCCCAUUGUUGCUUUUCUAGCAUCUAUUCCAGAAAUGUAUUUCCAUAAUCCAGAGUUUGUUAACCACUCUUGUUUUAGUGGAUUUGGCCACAUUCGGGAAUUAAGAAGUUGACGCAUGGUGUAUGGAAGUAGGUUCCAACAUCCAUUUUCCCUGUAACAUUUAGGAUUAAAAUGUUAAAAUUUUGUGACCAUGA